CAAGAGUUGAAUGAAAAUCACACUAACAUCAAACUAAACCUAGAGUUUGCAAUGCAAACGAAAAUGGGGUUUGGGCAGCGCCAGCACUGCUAUGGUGAUGAGCGGAUGAGGAUGGAUACUCAGUCUGAGGAAGAAAACUAUUUCUUCCAUGAAGAGUCUUGGAGCUCUGAGAACAACAACUUCCACAAGCAGCAGCAGCAGCACCCAGCCAUGCACAUGAACAUGCAAAAACAGCCAUGCAAAUUGGGAGGAGGAAUGUUUCAGGAAGGCAUGCACAGUGAGCAUGGCUUCGGAAAUGGUUAUGCGCAUCAUGGGGGUGGCAGAAGGUUCCCUUACGGUGGUAAUGGUGGUGGUGGUGGCAGGUUCAAUUCUGGUGGGCAACACCGUGAGUAUUUCUCCGAGGAAACCGAGUACGAGGAGUUUUACACAGAGGAGCAUGUUGGUUCAAAGUUGGGUGAAAUGAGAUACCAGAAUAAUAACUGCUAUGCCAAUGCCUAUGACAGGAACAUGAUUAGCAACAUGAACUACAAACCACACAAAGUUCAGUGGACAGCAAAGGGGGUCUAAGUUGCAACCUACACCAACUUCCUCUGCACUUCCUUCUAAUGUUCCAAUAAAACAGUUCUAUUAAAGUGUGUGUUUUCAUGUUUUCUUAUUUGAAUAAGAUUCCACCCUGUGUGUUUGGGUGUUACUUUUAAUGCCAUUAACUUGUUAUGUAAUAAUAUAAUGUUGUCUAAGAUUAUGAUGAUGAUUGAGACUAA